AUGCGCAUCACGGCAGCGUUCCUCUCCAUCCUCCCCCUCGUUCUCAGCGCCCGCCUCCUCAAGGCCCGAGGCGGCACCCCUCUCAACUCGUACAUCGUGGUGCUCAAGGAGACAUACAAUGGCGGCGAGGUGACCAUAUCUGACGUGGAGGAGGGGCUGGGCGACGUCAACAAGACGCAGACUUACACGAGCGCCGUCGGCUUCAGGGGGUUUGCGGCGACGCUCAACGCCACGCAACUCGACGCGCUCAAGUCCUCGCCCAAGGUCGACUACAUCGAGGAGGACGCCAUGGUGCGCAUCAGCGGGUUCGUGACGUCUCAGACGGGCGCCGACUGGGGCCUCGCCCGCAUGUCGAGCCGCACGUCCAACGGCACCACGUACAAGUACGACUCGACGGCCGGGGCCGGCACGUGCGCCUACGUCAUCGACACGGGCAUCAUGGUCGGGCACUCGGAGUUCGAGGGCCGCGCGACCUGGGCGGGCAACUUUGUCGACAAGAACGACACGGACGGCAACGGGCACGGCACGCACGUCGCCGGCACCAUAGGCGGUGUGACGUACGGCGUGGCCAAACAGACAAGGUUGUUCGCGGUCAAGGUGCUGGAUUCGUCGGGUAGCGGGACCAACUCCAUGAUCAUCGCGGGCAUGAACUUUGUGGUGCAGGACGCGCCCAAGCGCAACUGCUCCAAUGGGGUCGUGGUCAACAUGUCGCUGGGCGGGGAGCGGUCGACGGCCGUCAACUCGGCGGCGCGCGCCGUGGUGCAGGCCGGCUACUUUCUCGCCGUCGCGGCGGGCAACGAGUCCAACGACACCAAGCUGUACUCGCCGUCGUCCGAGGAGAGCGCGUGCGCCGUGGGCGCCACGACGCGCAACGACUCCAUGGCCUCGUACAGUAACUUUGGCGCCAGCGUGGCGCUGUUCGCGCCGGGCAGCGACAUAAAGUCGGCGUGGAACGACGGCAAGACCAAGAGCAUCUCGGGGACCAGCAUGGCGUCGCCGCACGUCGCAGGCCUGGGCGCGUACCUGAUGGGUGUGCGUGGGCCUAUGAGCGGCUCUGCCGUGUGCGAUCUGGUCAAGAAGUCGGCCCUUCUGGCCAUCAAAGUCUACAAAUAUGGCACACUAGACGACCUAGAAGGCCAUGAGCAGGACGCAGAGACUCUCCGCAGUAUUUCUGUCGAGAUCGAAACGAUAUGCAGCAGCGCUGCGCCUCGCAGGCCCUCCAAGUUGGACAGCGAACUGCUGAAAACGGCGUCGAAAUGUAGAGAUGUUCAACGCGACAUCAGAGCUCAGAUGGCCUUUUUGAUGAAGAAUGCAAAGAAAGGGAGCAUUGAAGCCGUGCAUGCUGCAGAUGUGCAGCUCAAGGAUAUCAAGGAGAACCUCCGCACUUUCUUUGUCAAAUACGAAAAUGGCGAGCGAGACAUCAACAGGCUUGUCUCUCAAGUUUCCACUAGUGUCUCCGAUGAAGCCUCGAAAACCAGGGCACAUACCACUGCACAAAAUGAAAAAGCCAGCAAAAUCGUCUCGCGGCAUGUAACUUCAGAGAUGACUGGCAACCGGGAAUUCUUGGCAAGGCAAAUCGGGACUGGUACCUCAACAGUCUUGCACGGCAUCGAUAGUCUCAAAGUCGAGUCAGCUCAGACGGUUGUGAGAGAACGCUUCCUCGCCAGUCUUCAAUUCGAGCGAAUGAACGAAAGAUGGAGCCAACUGCGAGGAGCUGAACACCCCAAGACUCUUGCCUGGGUGAUGAAGACAGAACAGCCCGAGGGUUCCCCAGUGUCAUGGGAUGUUUUCCCCCGUUGGUUGCAGUCCUCGGACCCUAUCUACUGGAUAAGUGGCAAGCCCGGAGCGGGCAAAAGCAACCUUAUCAGCUACAUACUGACCAAGGACGAAACCAUUGAGAACCUUAGAGUCUGGCGGCAUGGUAUCAUAAUUCUCCACUAUUUUUUCUGGCGCCCAGGGACACCAAUGCAGCAGAACAGUAAAGGGCUGCUAUGCUCACUGGCCAACCAGAUUCUCGAGUCUGAUUCCAGCGCCCUGGGUCUUGUGAUACAAUCCAAAAGCUAUGUGGGGAAGAAAUCCCACACUGAUUGGUCCAGAUCAGAAUUGAGAUCUCUGUGCUUGGAGCUUUUCGCCAAUUCUACAGUAUCAUUCUGUGUCUUUCUCGAUGGGCUUGACGAGCUAAACUCCAGCGAGCACUUUUGCGAUCUCUGGAAACUGGUACAGGACAUGCAAGCGGCAGCCUCGGACCGGCUUAAAUUUUGCUUGUCCUCGCGCCCCGAGCCUGAGAUACGGAGUUAUCUGGGCCAGUUUCCUGGGCUCAAAGUGCACGAACUUAACCGACGGGACCUUUUGCAAUUUGCAGCAACUCAGCUCGAGGACAAGCUUUUUACCUAUCUCGACCGGGACCAUCGACGCUCGACCUCCAACAAUCCAGAUUGCGGAAAAUUGGCACGUAGAGGCGAAAUCAAAUCUGAGCUGGAACGACGGCUCGUCGAUCACGCCGAGGGAGUUUUUCUCUGGCUCUGCCUUGCCGUCCGCAGGGUGAAACAGAGCCUGACGAAUCGACGCAGCAUUUCGGAGAUACGGCAAGAAAUUAAAUUUAUGCCAGAUAAGAUCGAAGACAUGUACAGGCAAAUGUGGUCGAAACUUGCGAAAGACAAGCUUGAUCCUCGGCCGGCGCGGGCAGCCCUUUACUUCAAGAUAUGCAUGGUUGAUAUGAUGAACCCUGACCUUCAUUUCCUCAAUACACUGCUCAUUGCGUUGAGCUCGACUGAUUGUAAACUUUAUCAGACUGAUUGCGAAGACAGUCUUAGCAAUCAAUUGGAGUCUUUGCUCGGAACAUGCAGGCUUAUCGAAGACAAUAUUGAGCAUGAAUGCCUGGGUUUCAUACACAGGCUUGAGACUGAGCAGAGAGCAGGGAUGAAAGUGAUAGGGAGAAAAAUGACAGGGAAAGAAGGGCAUUACAUAUCGACAUUUCGGCCUGUGGAGUUAACAUGGGAGGGGGACACCCAUGAGGGCUUCAGUCAGCUCACCAGAUACGCAAAGGAUCGAAUGGUCUUUCGCUUCGUUCAUCGAAGUGUUUACGAUUUCCUGACGGAUACCGAGGAAGGAAAAAUGCUCUUGGGCCGCUGUCCGUUGUCGUUGGAGGAAAUAAAAGUCAAGCUCAUUGAGGGGAAGCAAGCAACUGUUCAACUAUUUGGCACGCCCAAUGUGCGCCUGUUGGGCGAGAAGCCAGAUGACUGCAAGCGGUGGGACGAAACGCAGGGUAAUGCCUGGGCCUAUUAUUCAAUUGAAAUGGAAAUUGUCCGCUCGUGGACUCUUUUUUCCAGCGCACACUGGACCCGAUUGGCGUCUCAGUGGGAAAAGCUCUUCGCGUCAGGGAAGAUAAUGAGCAGAUUGGGGGUUUGGAAGUUGUCGUCCUCGAGCCCUAUAACUUGGACUCCAGAAAAUCAAUAUUGGCAUGAAUACUUUCUCCUUUUGGCUUCUCAUUACUUCCCCAAAUACGUCAUCGCCCAGCUUAACACGAGGCAUUUUUCGCAAGGGCAGAUCGGUCGAUUGCUGAUUUGCACCCUUUGCCGUCGUAUAACCCUGCGCAACAAUACUGUCGAUCCCAUAGAGCUUUUAGAAGCAUUGGCCGGCAGGUUCGAGCACUGGGCCGAUAGAAUCGUCAUGAUCCGACUGGGGAAGUGGCCACAGGAAGAGGGCCUGUUUCGGGCGGGCAUAUUCUCAAUGGGUACACCGCUAUCAGUACCAUUUGGUCACAUGCUCGAUAAUUGUAACGUUUACUACAAAGAAAUGGGUGGCCAUGGUCGCUCUCACGUUCGCACCGACUGGGAACUGUGGCUCGAUCACAUCCAAUGCUACAUCGAUAGGGGAUGUUCCAUGUCUGAGGAGAUGCUGCUAUGGAUUGGGUUGACGCGUAAUGAAAGUCGCCUACCACAAAACAUAUUCCUGAGAACAUAUGAGCAUGACGACGAUCCAGUGUCCAAGUAUCAGCAGAUGGCGCUAUGUGUGCUUAACCUUCCGAUAGCAUUGUUGCUACAAGAUACUCUCGAAGCACUCGAAUGCUGCGAACAUACCUCCUGGGUCAAGAACCUGCCCGCGUUUCAGCCACUUAAGGAAGCAGCAAUCGCCCAAAGGAGCAUGAAAAGCGAGCAAAACGCAGCGAAGACUUUGGGCAAGCCUCUGGUGCUCGUCAGUACGAGAAUCCGCGAGAUACAAGGGACAGGAAGGAUAGUGUUUGAUGACAUGCACAGAUGGAAAGAGCGCACCUAUACCGAGAUCACAAACACAAAUGACCAAGCGAGUGUCAGGGAAGCCAUCUCGGGCUUCGUGAAAAACCCCGGUGAACUUUUUACUACAGCCGGUUCUCAAAAGCUCAUCGAUCACUUGGCUGACGUCUAUGGGCGCUGCGAUGAGACGCCCAGGCCUCUGGAGAAGUCCCUCAUUGAAGCUGGCUAUUUACGGGUCGGUUUAGCCGGCCUCGACUAG